AUGAAGGAACUCAUAGAGAGUGUGCUCCAGCUAAUCGACCCAGAUGAAGAAACGGAGGUGUACUUGCGAGAAAGGAUAAACGAUGAAAAGCACAUAAUUCAGAAAAAGGGGGUAGAUUACUUGUACGACUUGGUCUCUACCUUCUCGGAUGAAAAAAUAAAGAAGAGCACCGUUGCAGAUAUUUUUAACAAACAUAUGAAAAGAGAAAAUGGAAGCAAGUCGGCUCUCGGUGAGGGAUGUCCAAACGGAGAAACUAAGCAGGGGAAUGCGAAGCAGAAACACGAGGAGGAAGGGGUGGACGAAAGGGGAGAAGGGGGCGAAGAGGACGAAAAAGACAUCGACCUAAAGAUACUAACCAUUUAUGAAAAACUGAACAGCAUUAACUACUUAGAAGCGGAAAAGGAAGCCAGCAAAAUUUUGUGUGGGCUAGGUUUUGACUCAAAUUUGCAGAAGAAAAAAGUCAACUCCCUCAGCGGAGGCAUGAGAAUGAGACUCUGUCUAAGCCGCAUUCUCUUCAGCAACAAUGAUAUAAUAUUGCUAGAUGAACCGACGAACCAUCUGGAUAUCUACACCAUACAAUUUUUGAUAGAUUAUAUAAAAAAAUUAAAUAAGACGUGCAUUAUUGUCUCCCAUGAUAGAGAUUUUCUAAAUGAAGUUUGCACCGAUAUUAUUCAUUUUCAUCAGAAGCAGUUAACCUAUUAUUCUGGAAAUUAUGACCAGUUUGAAAAAACUAGAGUAGAACAUCUACUGCAACAACAGAGAGAACAUGAUUCCAUCGAAAUGAAGAAAAAACACGUGCAGAAAUUUAUAGACAGAUUUAGGUGCAACUCAAAAAGAGCAGCUUUGGUCCAAAGUAGAAUAAAACUUUUAAACAAAUUACCUGUAGUAAAUUUAGAAAAGGAAGAAACUCCAUUCAGCUUUUCCUUUUUGGAACCCUUUUACACAUCCAAUGUGCUCAUACGGCUCAAAAAUAUUUCCUUUAAAAAUGAAAUGUUUAAAAAUUUACAAAUAAAAAAGAACGCAAAUAUUAUUAUAGCAGAUACUGUGGAAGACACGAACGGGAAAGUUAACGAGAAGUCACACAACGGCACCAAAGGGGAAGAUGAAACUACAGCACGUAGCGAUGAUUAUCAGUUUAGACAUGAAUUUUUAUUUAAAAAUGCUACCUUCGAAGUAGACAUGGACUCUAGAAUUGCCAUAUGUGGGGUUAAUGGAAGUGGAAAAACGACAUUAAUUAAAAUUAUUUUAAACCUAAUAGACACUUUCGAGGGGGAGUUACAUGUGAGCAAUAAGGCCAAUAUCGGUUACUACUCCCAGUAUCAUGUAGACAGCUUAAAUCCCAUCUUUAACUCCAUUCAGCAGCUGCAGUACAAUUAUUCCAACAAAAAUAUAAAAGAAGAAGAAGCUAUAAAAUACUUCAACAAAUUUAACAUUCCGACGAACGUCUUAUACGAACCAAUUUAUGUCCUUUCUGGAGGCCAGAAAAGCAAAUUGGCACUAGCCAUUUUGGCUUAUAAAAAUCCAAAUAUAUUAAUUCUUGAUGAACCGUCCAAUCACCUUGACAUUGAAUCUGUCCAAGCUUUAAUUGUAGCCUUAAAUUUGUACAAGGGAGGACUCAUUAUUAUUAGUCACGAUACGUAUUUGAUAAAACAUGUAGCAGAUGAAAUAUAUCACAUAAACAACCUAACGAAGGAGUUGAUUAAAAUUGACUAUGACUUCGAUAAAUAUGCCAAGUUGCUCCUGGAAAAUAAGAUAUAG